AUGAGUUUAGAAUGGAUUGAAUACGUAGGUUUAACAUUCAAUUUUCUGGAAGUAGCGUGGAAACUGGUACGAGGUGUUAUCAAAUUUGUACAUAAAAUAAUCAAGACAAUAUGGAAUAAAACUGAACAAGACGUUCGUAAUAAAUAUGACGAAGUCAAAGACGAAGGAGAAAAUUUUAAAAUAGCUUUUAUAUUACGAAUUAAUGGGCAAAAUAUUGCUAAACGAAGAAAAGAAGUCGAAGCUUCGCUCAUAUCCGUUGAACUUGAUAAACUUGAUUCGUUAAUUCCUUAA